CUAGAACGCGCAUUAAGGAUACCAUAGGAUCACUAGGUACUAAAAAUCUGUUGGCUAGUUUCAUAUUGCUGGUAAACAAUAAUCUCCUUGACGACUGAGUAAGAUAGAACGGAGUACCAUCAGCACAGUUAUCUAACAGGAAGUUUUCAACAUGGCGGAUGACGAAAAGCAGCCACCUCCAGAAGAAGCUCCAGCAGAUGAACAGCAAGCCACUGAAAAUGCUGAACCCAGCGCAGAGACAGGAGGAGAAGGGGAUGAGCCACAGGUAACAGAGCAGACAGAAGCAACUCUGGAACCUGCAGAGGAAUCUACAAAUAACAAUGAUGGAGAUGAUGAGGCUGAGCCAGCAGACGGCGGACCUGCAGAGCCCCAGGAAGAUGAUAGCAAACCAGCUGGAGAUGAAGGAGAAGCAACAGAAGUGACUGAAGAACAGGCAGAGGAUGGACAGAAAGGAGAAGAACCAGUGGAGGAAGGAGCACAAGAAGAAGGAGGAGGAGCACAAGAAGAAGGAGGAGGAGGACAAGAAGUGGAAGGAGAGAAAGAAGAAGAGGUGCCACAGAGAGCAAGAGGAAUGACACCUCCGACAGAGACAAAAGCUUCUGAAACAGACAAUGUUCCAGAAGAAGCUGCUGAAGAGGCUGAUGCUCAGUUGGGAGGGGUUACGGAAGAAGCCCCACCCCAAGAAGGAGGAGAAGUUGGAGAACAGGGCAUCCAGGAGGAGGAGGGACAGGAACCAGAACUCAUGGAACCACCUUCGCCCAAUGGGGUACCCGACCCACCCAGCUCUGGCCCACCUCUGCCUAAGGAUGUAGAUAAGUCGAGAGCAGAGAGCAGUGCUGCUCAGGAUUACCUUAACAUGGAUGUUACUCCAAAUGCACUGAAUAUGACCUGGUCAUUUGGGGUCAACAAGUACAUUCCAGCCAUCAACUUGACUGACCAGCACCGGAAGAUGCUCAUCUAUGUCUGUGGCAACACUGCAGUGCUCUCCAGCUAUGAUAAGAAUACACAGAAACUACUCCAAGGGCAUUGUAACAACAUCACUUGCAUCUGUGCUUCUCAAGAUAAGAGAUGGGUAGCGACGGCUGAUAAAGGAGAAAACAGUAUGAUCAUCAUCUGGGAUACGUAUUCAGGGACUCCUGUCCAGACGAUCUUUGACCCUCACCCAGACGGUGGUGUAGUAGGUAUGAACAUGACACUCGAUGCUAAAUACAUUGUCACACUCAGUGCAGCUAAGAAACAGACCCUGUCUAUCUGGGACUGGACUACCAAUGGUGAAUACCCAGUGGCUAGCAAGGAACUAGGAGUCAACUAUGGUCAACAGACCUAUGUCUUGUUUAAUCCAGAAGAUCAUUAUCAAAUCGUCUCAAACAGCCCCACACAAGUCAUCUUCUACAAAUGGGGUGGAGAGAAGAUUGAGGUCUUUGCUCCUCCGUUGACUGACCAAGACUUCAACAGAGUGGUCGGAAACUUCAGUCAAUCCAUAUUCUCUCAGAACAGCACCAGAGCACUGACCGCUACAGCUGCUGGUAAUGUGGUGGUAUGGGACAGCAAUAGACCAACGUCUGGACCCCCAAGUUUAGAACCAUCACCCAACAAGAAAGCCUUCAAGCUCGUCAGGCUACAGGAGAGAGGUAUCACAGUCCUCACUACAACAGACAGGUUUGUUGUGACUGGAGAUGUUUUAGGCCAUGUGAAGUUCUAUGACCUUCAACUUCGGAUGUCAAACUGGUACAGUGAACUCAGCGUUGGUCCCAUCAACUCGGUCUCGUUUGCCUAUGUACCAGAGUUCAAUGCUGAUGCCAAACCAGACAGUGAAUACCCUAAGGAUGCAACCAUCCAUGCCAAGUCAUUUGUGACUAGAGAUUUCAUCGUCAGUACCUCCAAUGCACAGGUCGCCCUCGUGGUUGCUGAUGGGGUACAGGUCAAGAUGAUACUGGAGGAGCAUGAUAAGCCCAUUCGUGCAUUGACAACUCAUCCUUCACAACCGUUUGUGGUUAUUGGCAGCUUUGCAGGCCUGUUGAAAGUUUGGAACUAUGAAAACAAACAAGUAAUGGCUUCUAGAAAGUUUCCAAGAGGUAACUUGAUCAGAUGUGUUGGAUAUGAUCCGACUGGAUCUUAUUUAGGUGUUGGUUUUGAGAACGGCUGUGUGCGGAUCCUGGAUGCAUUGACAUUGAUUGAUGAGAACCCGGAACCGUUCCGUUACUCUCGUGAUGCUGUCACCCAUGUGACCUUCUCACAUGACUCCAAGUGGAUGGCUACAGCUGAUGCUGAUUUCUGUGUAACCGUAUACAAGGCGGAGUCUCCUAACAGUCAGGAACCAUGGGUAUACAUGGGCAAACAUCGGGCUCAUUACAAGCACAUCAGAGGCAUCACGUUUGGGGUCGCUCUGGACUCUGGAGCAUCAAGGUUACUGUCCCUUGGAGAGGACAGAGCGCUGGUCGAGUACAAUCUGAAGACUGUUGCUAAGGAUCAUCUAGAGGUGAUGUCAACAGAUCGCAUCGAGCAGAGCGGAGUACCCCAAUGCUUUGCUUGGUAUCCACCCGUCACUAAGGAACAGUUCUUCAUUACAGCAAACAAUCAGUUCAAAUUCAAGCUGUUCAACACGACUACAAAGAUGUGCAGAAGAACAGUCUUAGCCCCCACCUAUGGGAGUCCUAUUCAACAGAUUGCGGUACUGCCGUCUGAAGACCCUGUGAAUGAUCCUCGCUACAUGGCUUACGUCACCAAGGACAAGGUGGGACUACAUAAGAUUCCACCUGAUGGUAACCCACACAAUGCCAUGGCACUCAUUGCACAUCCUUCAGGGGUGACCAACCUAGCAUGCAGCUAUGAUGGCAAGCAUGUCUUCACGGCUGGAGGUACAGACUACUCCGUCCACAUGUGGGACACUCACUUCAAUGCUCUAGAAGCAGCAGUUAAACUUGGUGGUGAUGAUCUGAUACCAUUCUAUGGCUUGAUGGAAGGAGGCAGGGAAGGAGAGCUCUUCAAGGAGUUGGAGAAUUACUUCUACUAUGCACAAGUCAGGAGUCAAGGGGUAGACACCACAGACACCCGUCAGGUCUCCACCCUCAUCCCCCUCUCUGAGAUCCCCUUUGUGAUGAGGGCCAUGGGUCACUACCCCAGCGAGCAGGAGGUGGAAGACAUGCUCAAUGAGAUCAAGUUCAGUGAGUACGUCGACACCGGAGAGUACGUCACGGAGAUCGAGCUCGGAACCUUCAUCAAAUUGUAUGUGAACCACAGACCAGCGUUUGGUAUCAGUGAGCAGCAGCUGAACUGGGCCUUUGAUAUCCUUGGAUAUGCUGAGGACGAGACUAUGGAACCUGAGAUAGAGAGAGGAGAACUUCUGGAACUACUACAAACAAAAGGAGAGCACAUGACCGAGGUAGAGGUCGCAGAGUACCUGACCACCUUACUAGGGGUCAACCCAGAGGGCGGCAGCUCGGAGCUCGGAGGCUACGACCAUGCUGGAGCUCAAGAUAUCCUGGAGGAGGCUCUACCGGAGGAGGUCACUGCCUCCAUGUUUGCAGUGGAGCUCCUGGGGUUCGGUGGAGCCGCGGAGCCGUCGGAAGGGACCGUCAGCCCAACAUAAAAUGCUUAAAGCCACACUGUACUACUUGAAGCUACUUGCUCCCUCUAUAUAGAAAACAAUGCCUAAUCGGUGAACAUUGGUCCCCCAUGAUCCUCUUUUUCUUAUGGUAAUUGAGGGCUGAGUUGAUGAGAAAACCACCUGUCCAGUGACCUUGCAGAGUGGUCUAAUCCCUCCUAUAAACUAGUACAGAUAAGCUUUAAAUGUUCUGGACAAAUGGACUUAGCAAUCAUUAGUAGUUAUCAACAUUUCUCCCUCAAUGGGUGCUUGAACAGAAAUGGUCGAGGAAAUGGUUCUUAUGACACGGCAACAAAUUUUACACUGAUCAUUAAGGAAUAUUCAUCAACAUCCAAGGUUGCUUGAACAGAAAUGGAGGAAGUGACUCCUUUGACUUGAAGACCAGAAACAUUAACUUGAAAUGUUAAGGAGUGAUGUUUUCACUGCAAGGAACAUGUUGCAAAUUUCCAAAGAUGUAGCAUUUUGUUGUGUUCUGAUUCAAAUAUUUUGUUGCAUCAAACUUCCACAAGGUUGGACCAAUCUAAAGGAACAUGAAAUUGUCUGAUUUUACUGUAAAGAAAAGAAGGACAUUUCUAUCAUUGACAAUGCACCGAUUUCAACCCUUAAUUUCUUGUUAAAAAUCCUGAUUAUCACAUUCAACAAAUUGUAUCUAUGGACAUCCACUGAUGAUAGUUUUAUUUAUUUAAACUGAAAUGCCCUAGUCAGUUACAGAAAAAAAAAAUAGCUAUGCAAUACAGUGGAUGUAUUUGAGUGUUCUGAUUCCACCUUCUGAAUUCUGAGUAUAGAUUCAAAUUUUAGUGAAGUUGAACAUCAAUUCUACUCACCAAGUCAGUCAGAUCUGAGACUUAUUAGUAAUGGGAGAAAAGUUUGCAUGAAAUACUGUAUUAUAAAUAACAUGUAAAUAAUGUAAGAUAUGAAAAUAUAUGUACAAAGAAAACAAAAUUGUUUGAUAUUUUUCUUUCUAAACAUGCACAUGAUGUAAGAGUUCAUUUUAAAUGUAGUUUACACAGGUACAAUAUUUAUUGCGUUUUAUAUCUAUUAUAACAUAAGGAUAUUAAGACAGAUAUCCACUGUGCAGUGCAGGGCAUACUAAGACAUAUGCACCACCAACUAUAUUUUAUAUUCAUUAUUUGAAUAUUUGUGUUUUCAUAUCCGUCCAAACACACACGUAUUCCUAUCUUUUAGAUAACAUUUUUAAAAGAUUAGUGUUUUAUUAAUGAAUGGGGAACACACCUUGAGAAACAUGUAAGAUAGACGUAGAGAGAUGUAUACCUGUAUAUUUGUGAGUAUGUAAUGUGUGACAUGAACAUGAAUUUCAUAUACAUUUCUAAUUUUGAUCUGUGUGUUGUGAAGAAUUGUAUAAAUCAAGAAAUAAAGAUUCCAAAUAUGAAUGCA